AACGUAUAGUUAACCUUCCUAAAGUCUAUAAUGCAUUGUGUGUGUAUACAAUUAACCCGUUUAUGGUGGAAUUGGCUUAACGUGGUCGUUGUUUUCUUUCGCAGGUCACAACAACCCGGUUUCUAUCAAUAGAGACUCAAAACCUAGAAGACAAGGCACAAGAAGGAAUAUUAUAUAAUAUAUAGAAAUAUCAUUUCCUCCACAACCAACCAACAGCUGUUGGCAGGCAUGAUGGAGCUGUCAGUUCUGAGCUGGGCAUUGCUGAGCCUGGUACUCCUGCUGGUGGUCUACGUCUUCUACAUGUCCAGCUCACUCAGGUUGUUCCGAAAAUUGGGCGUGCCGGGCCCCGCCCCCUGGCCCAUCAUCGGGAACUUCCACUUGGAGUUGAAACAUGGAAUCUCCAACUACCACCGGCAGGCCUACCAGAAGUACAAGAGCGAGAGGGUCUACGGCCUGUACAGAGGAAAACAACCUUUCAUGGUCAUCUGCGACCUGGAUGUGAUCAGAGACAUCUGUGUGAAGAACUUUGACCACUUUGUCAACCGGACAACGUAUGAGACAGAGGAGCCUUUCUCUCACGCCUUGACUCAAGUCAAAGAUGAACACUGGAAAAACAUUCGAACUGUGGUGAGUCCAACGUUCAACACCGUCCGACUAAAACGCAUGUUCGCCCACAUCAAGACUAACGGUCAGCUACUGGUGAAGUACCUGGAGAACAGACAGGAGAGAAACGAGCCGGUGGAGCUAAAGGAGGUCCUGUCUCGCUACACCAUGGAUGUCAUCGCCAGCACGGGCUUCGGCGUACAGAGCAACUCUCUGGAGGACGACGGCAGUCCUUUCAUGACCGAGGCCAAACGGCUCAUGAGUGGCCCGGGCUUCUUGAUCAUACUCGCGUUCUUCUUGUCCUUCCUGAAGCCGAUUCUGAGACUGCUCAAUAUCAGUAAGCUCCCUCGUCAGUCUCUCCAGUUCUUCCGCCGGUUCGUCGACGCCGCUGUGGAGAGUAGAAAGGGUGAGGCUGGAACGGUUCAGUCCAGAAAUGAUUUUCUUCAGUUGUUGAUGGAAGCCAUGCACGACAAAGACGGAGAGGAUGAUAACAUGACGCCGGAAGAAUUGGCAGCUUUGAACUCCAGCGGUGUCAAACGGAAGCUAAACUACGUAGAAGUUCAGGCGCAAGCUCUCCUGUUCCUCUUGGCCGGCUACGAGACAGUGUCAGCCUCUCUGUCCUUCACCUUGUUCCUCCUAGCCUUGAACCCUGAGUGUCUGCAGAAAGCCCAGGAGGAAGUGGACGAGGUGCUGCAGGGAAAGUUCCCGGACUAUGAGAGCACCCAGUCCCUGCACUACCUGGACAUGUGUCUGAACGAGGGCAUGCGCCUGUACCCCCCGACCCCGCUGCUGGACCGUGUGUGCAGUGACGACAUUGAAAUCAGAGGCAUCCGCAUUCCUAAAGGAGUUAAUGCUACAUUUCCUGUGUGCGCCAUUCACCGUGACCCUGACCUGUGGCCUGAGCCCGACAAGUUUAUCCCGGAAAGAUUCACCGCGGAGAACAAGGCCAACCGUCACCCCUACGCUCACAUGCCCUUUGGACAG